AUAUCCCUUUUCAUACAUAGAUACAUACAUACAUACAUACAGGUAUUCAUUGUUGUUUGAAAUUUUCUCAAGAAAAAAUUAAAUAAAAAUGUUGAAAUAAAAAAAUAUUUAAACAUUACUACAAAAACAAUUAAAAAUGGCUACUACCAUUUCAUUCCAAUAUUGUGGCACGUGAUAGUGACAGAUUAGAUGCGCACAAGUUGGUAAUGGUCAUAUGGAUGACGAUAGCACGAAAAGAACAGAUACUCACGUAAGAGUGAGCCCAAUAAUAACUAAAUUCUGACAACAAUCUGGCGACAAUUAACAAAGGUACAUCAUAUAAAUGGAAUAUACGUGAAUUUUGAAAUGGCUGGUUUUAAAUUUUAUGGUUUGAAGUAACACAUCAAACCGAAUCAACGAUACAAAAACAGAUCAAAGUGUAAUAAUGGCAUUCCCUCCACUGGUUAGUUCAACACCUCCACCUCUUGAUAGUUUUCGUGAGAGUGAUGAUGAUGAAUUUGGUGAUUAUGCAACUGGAGGCAUUGAUGGGUCAUCAACAACAACGGAUUCACCUCGAGAAAAUUUAACUCCAAUACAAACUCCAAUUCCAUCAACAACAACAUCUCCACAAAUUAUUAAUAGUACAACACAUCAUUCACCGAGCGUGGAUAUUUUAUCUGUACCUAACGGUCUUCAUAAAUCAUGCAUAAACGAUGAUAUUAUGAUUGUGGAAAAAAUAGAUGAUACAGUGAGCAGUAUAAAACUAGAUCUUAAAAUUUAUAGUGAUGGCACAACAAACAGUAAUUCAGACUUGAUAUUAAGUAGAGACACAGAGCUACAAGAGUCAACUGAUGAACAAAAUAAUGAAAGCAAUAGAAUUGAUAGAAAAGAAACUAAUCAAGCUAAUUUAGAUAAAACAAGUGCUAUUAAUGGUGAUGGUGGUGAUGUAGUUAGUAGUGACAUAAAUAGUUUAGCAGGCACGUUUAAAAUUACAGAUGAUCAAAAUUAUUCCCUUGAUAAGCUCGAAAUCAAUGAAGAUCACGAGCCAUUGAGUUUAAUUCUUGAUGAUCCUACAACUGUUGAAAUCUUACAUCCAGAUUUAGACGAUGAUUUUUAUAAUUAUAAUCAUUUUGACAAAUCAUUAGAGCACGAUAGUUCACAAAUAAGUGAUAAUAAACUCAAAGUAACAUCGAAUCAUCAAGUUAACGAUGUAAAAAGUACCAGUGAUGAAUCAACUAAUGUAAAAAAAUACGAAACGAAUAUUUGUUUGAGAGAGAAUGAGAAUAAGAUAGUCAAAUUCAAUGAAAAUAAUGAAAAACAUGUUGAUAAUUUAUUUGAUAAAGUAUCGUCCGAUUUUUCCGAUUUACUUAUUGCACAUGGAAGCCAUGUGAAUGGUGUGAAUAAUUUUACAAUAUCUGGUAUUGAAACUGAAAUAGAUGUACUUAAAACAGAGUCAAUAAGAUAUAAUGAGGAUAAGACAAAAAGUUCAAAUAAUUUGGUUAACUUUAAUUUUGAUUUUGAUAAGACUGUAAUUGUUAAUGACACCCAUGUAAAUGAAGUAACUGAAGAUAAUAGUGAUACUAACAUUCCAUCAAUGGGUGAUGAAUUUGGUGAUUUUAGUGACUUUAAUAAUAUAAUAAUCAACCCUGCAGAUAAUCAAAAUAUUAAUAGUUCAGAACAAAUGAAACUAGCUGAUGAAUUCAAUAAAUCAACUAUUGAACAAGUUGAUAAAAUUAGCGGAAGUACUUUUUCGAGUUUCAUAGACUAUCAAUGUACAGAAAAUAAUGAUAAAAGUAAAAUAGAUGUUUUGGAGACAAGAGAUUUUUUUGCAACAAUAGAUUUAUCUAAUAGAGAAACUAUAAUAAAUUCAGAGCAAAAUUCACUGCCAAUAAUUAUUCCAAGUCAAGAAUCAACAGAUGAUAAUAGUACUUUUCCAAUGUCUUCAAACAGUGAUGAUGAUACAACUGAAAAUUCCACUAAAAAUAUUAAAGAAAUAAAUUAUUUUAAUGCUGAUAUAAAAAAUUUAUCAACUUCGGAAUUGAAAAACCAAAAAGAAAAUGAUGAUUUUGGAGAUUUCGCUGACUUCUCAACGGAACCAAUAGCCGACUCACAAUCAUGGGCAUGUAGCGAAGAAUUUCCAAGGUUACCUGAUCCUAAUGAAAUUAUCGACGAUGAUGAUGAAUUUGGAGAUUUUAAUGGAUUUUCGUCUAUUUCAACACAUCCAACGAUAUCCAACAUUAAUUUAAGAGAAUCUAUCAGUCGAAUAGAAAAUAAAAACGCUGCAAAUAAAAUUGAAGACAUCAUAACAAAUAUGUUUGCUGUAGUUACUGAACUUCCGGAUAUUAAUUUAGAACCGUUAAUCAAUGACACAGAUUUUAUAUGGACAUCAUUAAAACAAAUAGAAGAGACAAAUGCUCUUACAUAUCAGUGGAAUAAUAGUGUCAGUAACAAUAUCCUUUUGCGAUCACUUGGCAUCGAUUCUAGAAAUAUUUUAUUUGGACCACGUUGGAACCCAAACAUUCCAAGAUUUGCAGCAAACUUAGGAUUUGCACCUCUGGAACCAAUGAAAGCUUCUCUUGAGACACAACAAGCAGUAUCAAGUUCAUCAAAACCAUCCCAUACGACGACGAAUGAUGAAGUACCAGCAGCACAGUUCGAUUGGAAUAGUUCUGGCUUGAUCAAUCCUUUAGAUUCAAAUGGUGGUCUCUCGGCGCUCUUAUCAUUAGAUUUGUUAUAUCCCUUCGAUCCUUUACUAACUCCUCAUUAUUCGGGGCACUCUGAAUCCUAUCACCAUCACGCUGCUUGCAACAGGAGCUCCAUAUAUUUCAAUACUGAAAAUUCUCAAGUUUCUGAUCAAAAUAAUCACCAUAAACAAUCAUCAGAAUCAAUGGAGAGUAAUUCAAGCAAACCUCAAAAACAAUACCAAUUAACAAAAAUUAUAGAACCAUUACCAGGACCUAGUACAGUUGAAUGGAAAACUAAAUCGGAUAACUUAGCAAGUACAGUAAAAAUAAGUAACAAUCAAAAAUUACCAAAAAAUUUGCAACAAAUGCCUAUCACUACUAAAUCAGUAGGAAUAAGUAAUGCAACUAAAUCUGACGCUAGUGGUUUCGAAUCUACUUUGAAUCGCAGUGAUUCUAAUAAAUUUAAUCAGCAUAGAAAUUCAUCAUUAUUAAAAAGAGAUCAUGCAGUUGAUUUAGAUUAUAAAGUGAUGGAUAUACAUGGCCGUCCUAUGGCAGUAAAACAAGAGACUGUUAAAGUGCUUAAGCAACUUCCAGAUUUAAGCUUUCUAAAUGCAAGAACACUGAUGUUUAAUCCUGAACAAAAACAGAUUGUUCAAGACCUCGGUGCUAUGAUCAACCGUAAGAUGCCUGGCUGAGUUACAUCGGUCUGAACACUAGUUUGAAAAAGGUUAAAUUAAUGAAACAUUUCUUUAUACCCUGUGAAAUGAAACCGGUUGAAUUCCUGCUUCGUUUCAAACUUGUGUUCAGACCAAUCAAAAUGAAUUAAUAUUUUUUUAUUUUCAACUUAUUGUUAGUUAAUCCAUUCAUGUAUUGCAUUUCUAUCCAUCAAACUUGAUAUAUUUCUGUAUAUUUUUGAAAUGCUAAAAAUUAGAAGAAUUUCAAAGAAUUGUAAUAACAUAAUUGUAAAUACGUCAUUGAGUAUUUGUUUGUUAAUAACCGAUAUAUCGAAUUUUAUGUUC